UACUAGGCUUUAGAAAAGAUUUUUUCGCUUGGGGUUAGGAAGGCUAGGUACUCCCGGAGCUUGUCAAAAAGAAAAUAAAAUGAUUGUGGGAAAAGGUUUUAAUCGGCCGUCAUUACUUUGACAUACAACUCGUUUCGCAUAGAUGUGCUCUGUGUGAUUUGGGUAUAAAAUAUUACAUAUAUAGUUUACGGUAGACUUCUUUCUUCUUAUUGUACUGUUUGUAAAAUUAAUUUUCAUUUAUGUUAAACUAUAAAUUUUGUGUGAAUGCAAACAUUCUAAACUAAAAAAAUUAUCGUUACAACUCAUGUUCUAACUUGACGCGACGCAAAAAAAACAAUAUGGCUUCCCAAUCUGAAUACAAGAAAUCAUUGGUAGUAAACAUUGAAAAUUUUGAGAAGAUUCAAAACAUUCUAAAUGACAAGGAGAAGUACAAGGAGAUACUUGAAAACAGCGAGAAUUUCAACACUCGCUUGUGCGUUGAACGCCGCCUUCGCAUGCCGUUCCUCGACCCCCAGACGGGGGUCGCACAAACCCACAGUUCCCUUUUUAUGAAAAAAAAACAGCGCAUGCCGGGAUUUCGAAAUGGUCAGAUAUACACCUAUCCCUCGUCCCGUUGGCGCAAACCCAAACGUCAGUAUUUACUUAACCCGAAUCAGAGCUACAAGGCAUAUCAGUACCGCGAACACAAUCUUCAGAACUCCCACCAUCAACCGCAUCAUCUUAUCAGUUCGUCUGGCGUUGCUGUCACACGAGACUUGCAUCUUACUGAGAGCGCUGCCAUUGUUGCUACGGAUGCCAACUCCAUGGGAGCCUCAGGAGACAAUGAUAGUAAAGAUUCACAUGCAAACGUCGAGAAAGAAUGGUUCCACGAUGAAAUGGAUACAUCACAUUAUCAUCAUGGCGAUGACUAUGAGGACGAUUUUGAUUCAGAUAACGAUUUUGACGAGUCCUACACCAGCAGGGGUAAACGCAAAAAAGGUUCGCGUCCUCGACGAACUAAUGCGAGCUUAGAGGGCACUCCCAAACGUGGUCGUAAAGGUGGUGGCACUCGGCGGAGAAACGUUGUUGACGGAGAAACAGAUCGAAGACGUCGAGGUAGUGGGAAUAGUGGAAAUACAUCUGCAGCAGCCGCGGCAGCGGCCGCAGCCGUUGCCCACGCAGCUAACACUGCAGCUGCUGCCUCAGGCCUCUACGCAUCUCAUUCAAAUUCAGCUUCUCCUAUUCCCACAAAUGACGACAAUUCGCAGUCAGCUCUAAUGCCAACAAGCACAGCCUCGUCGUACGAAAAGAUUUCAAGCGACGCUGGAGCUUCUAAUGACUCAAUUCCCUUAGCGACAAUGGCUGGACUAAACGUGGGAUUGACUAAAACUGCCAAUGUCUGCAACGCCCCACCGGUGCAAGCAAUAACCAAUCCUCCGGCGUUUGCCGCGGGAACUUUUGCUAAUAAGGUAAAACAUCGUGUUGAACGGGAAAUAGCUCUACCAUCUCCUUAUUGCGACUUUUGUCUGGGAGAUCAACGGGAAAACAAAAAAACCAACAUGCCCGAAGAGCUUGUGUCGUGCUCGGAUUGUGGUCGCUCUGGUCAUCCAUCGUGUCUGCAGUUCACAGCAAACAUGAUAAUAUCUGUUAAACGCUAUCGUUGGCAAUGCAUCGAAUGCAAGUACUGCUCCAUUUGUGGGACCUCUGAUAAUGACGACCAAUUAUUAUUUUGUGACGACUGUGACCGAGGUUACCAUAUGUACUGCUUGUCGCCACCUCUCAUCACUCCCCCAGAGGGCUCUUGGAGCUGCAAGUUAUGCAUGGAAGAGUUCCACAAGAAUAAAUAGGCUUACACCUACGUUUUCUGAAUUUAUGAUGCUCGAAAUAGUCGCAAGUUUUCUUCCCAUACAUAAGUGGACGAUAUUUUAUUUUAGGUUUUCGUAUUUGAUUUAUUUUACUUUGUGUCAUAUAAACUGGAUGCAUAAUAACGGAAAAUAAAAAAAUUGUAUUAAACUACGUAGGGGCGUUAUUGUAUGCACCCUUAUAAACCUA